AAGCUGUAUGAUGCUUAUGUGAUUUACCAGAGAAACUCGGAUGAAACGACAAGCAAAACUGUGAGUGACUUUAUGAAUGGACCUCUUCUAACAGUGCUGGAGAGAUACUGUGGCUAUAAACUCUUUAUUCACGGCAGAGACGACCUACCUGGGGAAGAUUGCAUGAACCUGAUUGAAACUAAGAUACAGCUUAGUCGGAGGCUUAUCAUCAUUUUAACACCAGGAACAAGUAGCAUAUCUCCUGAAGCUUAUGAUCUGCAAGUGGGGAUUCAUCAGGCUCUGGUACAAGGAGAAACCGGUGUGAUUGUCAUCCAGCUGGGGCAGAUUCGGGACUACACACACCUGCCUCUCGGACUGCAACAUCUCCUCCGCAAGAAUAAUCCUUUACUGUGGAGAGACGGCCAAUCCUCACCGACCUCGAGGUUCUGGAAGACAGUGCGAUAUAGGAUGCCGGUCGCCUCAUCCCAUCAGAAAAGUUCGGAAAAAUAUCACUUGAAGGUCUGAGAUUUCCAAUUUAAAUCAAGACAGGCUUUUAGGGUCAGGAUUUUACAAGCAUUUUCUUAACCAUCCUAUUAUAUUUGGGGUCAAUGUGAUUUUUUUUUUUCUUCUUCAGAUUUAAUGACUUUUCCUAAUUUGAUGCGGACAACUUUUUAGUUGUAUAAUACAGAAUAAAUAUUAAAAUUAUACACACAUGUGGAUGUCAACUUAAAAAGAUAUUAAUUUACCUGAGACAAACCUUUGUUUAAAAAAAAAAAUCAUAUUGUAGAGGUUUAAAAUAAAUUACUCCACAAUAAAAAUGUUAUCAGAUUUGAGGGUAACAAGAAGUUUAAAAAAGUCUUGAGAAAAAUUCGCAAGUGUGCGAUUCUGGUAUAUUAUAUAUUUCUUGAUCAAAUAUAUUUUCUUGGGAACGUCUUAGUUCAAGAACAAAAUGACAGGCUUAACAAUAUUUGGUGAGGACCCAUAUUUAACUCAUUUUUGUAGAAUUUUUACUCAAUUUUUAAAUUCAGCAAAAAGUCAUGUCAGACAUAAUCAUGAGCAAUCAUAGUUUGCAUCAUUGAACAUUAGUGGCACUUCAGAGAACUCUGUAAAAGUUUGGUGUCACUACUGUGAUGCAUUUUAUUUUUCUAGAUUCUUUGAUGAAUAGAAAUGUCAAAAGAACAGCAUUUUAAAACAUUUAUUUUUUUGUAACAUCUGUCACAUUUAAUGCUUCCUUGCUAUAUAAAAGUUUUUUUUUUUAAUGUGUGUUGUAAUGCUUAUACAGCAAUUAAUUCGAAAGAACCCAAUAAAUUCAUUAAACAUUUGUGGAUUUAAAACAAUUUGGAGGUUUUUGAGAAUAUUUGCGAUGAUGAUAAUGCCAAAAUAAUAAACAGGCUUUUUGUGUCACAUAUUAGGUAUAGGCUAUAUUUAAACAUUUUGUCAUUAUAUUUCUGGUCUAUUCCAUUCUUACUUUUAUUUACAUACAUUACACAAUUAAAAUAAUAUUUUUGUGG